AGCCCUUCAGUAAAUAAGAUGUACUGUACUUUCAUUAUUCUCUUGCGCCCCCUGGUGCCUGUGUAUUGCACAACUAGUGUAUGAGGUGGGGUCGAAAGCAAAACAUACUGAAGUUUACAACAUACAGUAGAUUGUUGUCUCUUGGCAAUUUGUGACACCUGUACGAUGUUUCUUUCUUCUUUAAGUGCAGGUAACGAUUGUUUUGUAUGUCGUGUUCAUUUAUUUUGUACAACAUUAGUCAUGCAGUAUAAGGGUUCCGCCCUCUUUAUUACAGGAAGAGGAAAGCAUGAGUUUCGUUUUCUUCAUUUCUUUCAUUCCUAUCAGCGCGGAAGAAGUGUUUUGUUGUAGAAUUGAGAACAGGAGGCAUGGCAAAUAACCCACAAGGCCAGACACUUGAUGCAAGAAGAAAAAGAUUUUUUAUAAAAAAUAUAAAAGAUGAAGGAAGCCUGCAAAAAUCUGGGAACAGGUUCAUCUUGACGUUUCUGAAAAUUUACGAGGAGCACAUCACAGAUGAGCUGAAAACAGUCAUCCAUGGAUACAUGUCUGAGGUGCUGCACAGCAUCUUCUUUCUGGGCAACAUUCAAAAGGAGAAAAUUAUGCCUACAAAUUUUUUUGAAGAGAAAGAGUUGUUAAAACUAAAGAACAAGUUUUCAAAACCUUUUAAUGAAUUCUGCACCCACCUGCCAACCCGCACGCCUUUUUCCAUCCUCCUUGAUGCGGUGGUAAAGAUUAAAGGCAGUCAAAAUGAAACACAGGUAAUGGAGUACCUGUCGACUUUAUUAAAAGAACUGAGUGUGCCAAAACCAACCAAUAUGACAUAUUCCAACUAUUACACCUUGGAGGCCACUGUCAUCUGCAUUUGUCAUUAUGAAAGGACAGGGGGAGGAAUAAUGAAUAAGUUCUACGGAGCCUCCCUGUCCUGCAAGGGGCCAAGAGAAAGGCAGGUCAUCAUCUCCCUCUCGUGUCGACACACAUGGAAUCUGAAAGUGGCUUACGCAGUGGACCUUGCAGGUCAAGGUGGUGCAAUCCAGUUUCCACAAACAGUGAAAUGCAAAGCCUUUAAAAGAAACAGGGGAAAAGGCCACUAUUGUGAAAAACCUCCAUGCACAAAUUGCAUUAAUAUAUUCAAAGGCGUUACGUUCGAGCCUCGUCACAGUGAAGCCGAUGAAGAAGCAAAGUGGCUCUACGGCAACUGUGCUGAAACAGAGUCUCUCAGCAAGCUCCUCAAUGCAGAUCCAGCACUCUGUGAACAAGUACAAGUUCUGAAGAACAACAUGACAACUGACCUAGACCUUGAAAGCACAGUCUGGAGCAAUGCCACGAGCAGGCUGGUAGAGCUGCUUAGCGGGACAGAUUAUGUGUGUAAUGGCAAUGAUAUUCAGUUCUUUGUCCCACCCCUCCCCUCCGAGUCCCUUUUAGCUCCACUCUACCAGUAAGGUAUGUAUCUUGUAAAAUCAAGCUAAUUCCUGAUCCCCGCUGGCUCAGAUCUUCGUGUGCUUUGAAUGAUUCUGUUGUACUAUCUGGAGAUCCAGAUACCUCAGGCUGUAGUAAUUGGUUUGUGUGGUAGUAAUUUAGGAUGUGUGUGUGUAUUUUUAUACUUUUCUAAAAAUGAAUAUAUAUAUAUAUAUAU